AUGACGCUCAAAGCUGUGGUCAACUUCAAGGGGGAAAAAGCAUGUCACCACUCGGAAGAGCUUAGAAGACGGCCUGUGCGUGGUGAUGAGAGAGAGGCCCUUGCAGAAGUUCUGAUCACCAAAUUACCACGAAGUCUUCAUUUGGAGAAAAUUGCCAAGUUGGAUGAAAACAUCAUGGAAUCUGGAUGCAGGGAUCAGUCACUCUCUCACAACUUCUGUGGCUUUAGUCUUCAGGAAAUGCUUUCAAGGUAUUUCACAGUGGUCACUGGACAGGCAAAGAAGGAAGCUCUCGAUAUGCCCAUAUUGCACCGCUGCCUCAGCCACAUUAUGAAAAAUGCAAAAGAUCUUUGCAAAAAGCAUGCUCCUGAACACUAUCGUUUGGCCAUGCAUGUAUUUGGCUACAUGACACAAGCGGAAACACUAGUCGAACUUGAUGGCAUCGUUACCAGCGCUGCCAUUGUCUUCUCAAGUUCGCACAGCGGUGACAAUGUUGAAAAACAUUUUCAGUCACUGCAGAUGCUCAUGAGCAGAGCUGGACAAUGUGCAGUAGACGUAACAACCAUGGAUGAGGAAGACUACAGGAAUGACGUGGGGCCAACACCGUUCCAGCAACACUUUGAGGUCAUUAUUGAGAGGGCAGACUUGGAUAAGAAGGGGGAGAACAAUGUGUACUUCUGCCCAACAUUCAUCCCAACACUGUUAAAAUACUUCUUACCCCAAGUUGCUCUAUGGAGUGGGAUACUCUUGGGUUAG